GCUGUAUAUAAAGCUGUCCGGCUGCAGAGGUCCUUCCAUCAAGGUUGAGCUCUUUUGACAGCGCGGGCGACUGCAAUUGGCCAUGAUGAAGUCCUUGACUAGAUUAUCUGCAGCUGCUGGGCUGGUAUCGGUCGUUGGAGCCCAGACGUUCCAGCGGUUUGGCACAUGCCCUACGCUGGGAUGUGUGAUUCCACCAGACCAGCAAGAUUUCCUUGCAGGACAAUACUUCGAUAUCCGUGUCGAGAUCCACGCUCCAGUGAACGGCUCAGAAGCUACCAAUGGCAUUCCGGACGAGGACUUCACGCUCACCAUCAGCAAAGAUGGUGGGGAGGCGAGGCCUGUGACCGAGUACUUCCAACUUGAAGAGCCAGAAAUUGAGAAGUGGGAUUUCAGCUGGUACGAGGAUCUGUUUGCUCUCGAUGCUGAGACUCCUUCCGCAGUCAAUGUUGCGUCGAAGGCGUGGCGUCGAGUGGCUCUUUACGAGCCUGGCGAAUACACUGCGGUUCUGACAUACAAUAAUGGCACAAACACCACUGCCAACUGGCUCGUCCGUGACAUCGAGCAGGUCCGCAAGACCAAGAACAUCCUCCUCUUCAUCGGAGACGGCAUGACCACGAACAUGGUCACUGCUGCACGCUUGAUCGCACACAAGACAAUUAACGGACGCUAUCAGAGCACAUUGGCGCUGGACAAGUUCCCAACCAUUGGACACCAGAUGACACAUUCCAUUGACACAUUCAUCACGGAUUCUGCCAACUCUGCAACUGCUUUGUACACUGGCCACAAGUCAGUUGUCAACGCUCUCGGCGUUUACGGCGAUACCUCUCCAGAUCCUUUCGAUGACCCCAAGGUGGAAUCGAUUGCUGAGAUCUUCCAUCGCUUGGUCGGCGGUCACGUCGGAAUUGUCUCCACUGCGUUCAUUGCCGAUGCUACUCCAGCUGCCUUGACUGCUCACACUCGCGAUCGUGGCGAGUAUGGCGCUGUCAUUGACUCUUUCGUCAACGGCAUUGUCAACUACACCUGGACCGAGUGGAAUGGACCAGAUGUCCUUUUUGGUGGAGGUGCGGAGAACUUCUGCAGCCCAGAGAAUGGUGGCGAAACAUACCAAGAUCUCGACUACUACGAGGUCUUCGCUGAGGCUGGCUACAACGUUGUCUACAACAAGACUGGCCUUGAGGCUACUUCCAGCGAGGAGAGGACACUCGGAAUCUUCUCCCAGUCUAACAUGGCUAAGUGGUUGGACCGCAACGUCUACACUGACAACCUCAACGACACCGAAUCACCUCUGUGCAAUGGCGAGACCGCUGCCGAUCAACCUGGCUUGAAGGAGAUGACCAUUAAGGCAAUCGAUAUCCUCAACAACCGAGCCGGCGACAAAGGUUGGUUCAUCAUGUCUGAGGCCGCUUCGGUAGAUAAGAUGAUGCACGUUUUGGACUACGACCGUGCUCUCGGCGAGCUCCUCGAGCUUGAUGAUACCAUCAAGCACUCCAUCGAACACCUCAAGGAGAUUGAUGCCUACAAAGAUACACUUAUCGUCGUUACUGCUGAUCACGGACACGGUUUCGAUGUCUUUGGAAACGUCGACACCAAGUACCUCAACGAGAAGACCGAUGACCGCGAGAAGCGUAACGCUGUGGGCAUCUACGAACGCUCUGGUCUCUCGGGUUACAUCAACACUGGUGACUUGCGCUAUGGCGACUCCAACUUCCCAUCCAACUGGGAGCCACGCUACACUCUUGCACAAGGCUUCGGGGCAUUCCCAGACCACCGCGAAACAUUCCAAGUCCACAAGGACGGACCACGCAGUCCAGCCUCGAACAUCACGGGCUUCGCAUCAGAAAACUACUUCGCCAACCCCAACAAUGAUGAAGGAGGCUUUGUCGUCAACGGAACCCUUCCCGAAUCCGCCAACCAAGGUGUCCACUCCCUCACCGACGUCACAGUCUGGGCUCAAGGUCCUUGUUCUGAGAUCUUCGGUGGUGUUUACAACUCCAUCGACGUCUUCUUCAAGAUGGCAGAGUGCUUGGGUCUUUCAGAGAAGAGAGGCGGCAACGGCACCGCGCCUGGUUAUGACGGCCACCACAAGGAGAAGAAGGACAACUGGGAGAAGUGCGAGGGCAAGAAGGGCUACCAGAGAUAUGAUGAGAAGCACCCCAAGUAUGCGGGUGGAGAACAUGGACACAACACUGGUGUCAAGCCAAGAAGCUUCAAGCCCGGACACGCAUACUGUUAGGUGUGGCAUGGGAUAAAAUGACUCUUGGGAGAGUAGUAAUGAAACGUGAUGACCAGACACGAAACAGCAGAUAGACUUGUACACAUAUAAUGUGACUUCGGGA